AUCGAAAGAUGAGCGAAGAAGAUGAGUUGUCUCAGCUGAGAUCGAACGCCGAAAACUUGUCCAGAUGUCUUCAUGUUUUAUUGGAAAAAAUCGAGAAUAUCGAGAAGAAGAAUGGAAAGGAGCAGGAUGCGGAUAGCACAAAGAGCAACGGCACCUCUUCCUCAAACAAAGACGGGAAGGAAAAGUUCGAGCAAGUGGAGAUUGAGGAGAAAACUGAAAUCGAUCCGAAAACCGGGCUGAAAAAAAGAACAAUCGUAACUGAAAGAGUUCUGACAACGAAGACAUUUCAUGCUCUCGCACUUGAUGGACCAUCUCCAACCAUGACACCAAUUCUAAGAUCAUCUGGAACCAAAAAUCAUAAUUAUGCACCAAUUCAUCAAUCAGCAAUUCUUCUUCCACAGUAUCAAUCAAGAAAGACUACUGUAGAUGCUGGGCAACUGACACAAGUUGAAGUUGAGAAACACGGAGGCCAGUUGGUAGUAACAAAAAUCAAUGAAAAGUCCAAUUAUGAUCUGAAGCCUGGUGAUGUUAUUACCCAAGUCGAUGGAAAAGAUGUCUACUUUAGAGCAGAUAUCGAGAAUUUGAAAGGAAAAGUUGAACUGACAGUGGAACCCGCUGGGAUUCAUUGUGCGCCUGCGAACUUCCACCGCGUCCAAGACACAUAUAGCUCUCACAUCGACGUGGACCGCCCGUGUCUUUGGCUGGAUCUAGAAGUGAAUCCAGGUGAUGUAAUACAAAUUUUGAGUAAAGAUGAAAAAUGGAUGCAAGUGAGAAAACUUGGUGAUUUGACACAAGUUGGAUAUCUUCCAACUUCACUGACAAUGGAGAAAGUGUCAAUGCUCUGUCCAUUCGGAAGAAGAACUCUUGUAUUGCUAGGAGCAGUUGGAACAGGAAGAAGGGAUAUUAAGUCGAUGCUUUUGAGGCUGGCUCCACAUUAUUUUUCAACAAUUGUUCCAUUAACCUCACGAGCCCAACGACCUGGAGAAGUGGAGGGACGUGAAUAUCAAUUUGUCCGAAAAGAAGAAAUUUACCAAAAGAUUCGUGAAGGUGGAAUGGUUGAGUGGGGGGAAUUGGAUAGUCAACUCUAUGGAACAUCGGCAGACUCCGUUAGAAAUGAAAUCCGAAGUGGACGAAUGUGUGUAUUGGAUGCUGCUCCUCAGAGUGUAAAUUAUUUAUAUAACGCUGAAUUCAUGCCAUUCGUGGUUCAUGUCGUGCCCCCACCAAUUGAAGAGUUUACACAACUUGAGGCGGUUCGAAGGACUCACAGGACUCAAGGCCAACUCCAAUCAAUUUGUGACGAAAGUGCAAAGAUAGGAUUGGAAUGUAAAUCAAAGAUUCAUCUAACACUUGUUAAUAGGAAUAUUGAUGUUACAUUCAAACGAUUGGUUGACUCGUUGGAAACUCUUCGCUACGAGACCCAAUGGGUUCCACAUAGUUGGAUGUGCUAGAUGUCUGUCUGCAAAAAUAUAAUAUGAAUCACUGCCAAUUCUCGUUUUAUUCUCUUCCUCUUUCUCUCAUAUCCCCCAACUAGUCGAUCUCCCCCGCCUUUUUUCUUUUCCGUACCAAAUAAAGCUAUCUAUU